ACCAGUUCUGGUGCACUUGACGCUUCUGAACGUCCAUGCGUUAACCAUUAUCGCGGUGACACAUGUCCUGCUUUUGAAUUCCAUGGUAUAUAAUGUUGCGUGUUUCGCGGCACUAACUCAGUCCUGUGCGCUUUUCCACUCGUCCGCCGCCGAGUUAUUUGCUCCAUAUGGUUCUUGUGACGUUCGGGACCAAAAAAAGGAAAAGUGUGGGCGGGGGGUUAAAGCGUAGUAAUUUGUCUGACUUGAAAUCUGAUUCAAAGUUCGGCGUCCCAGAGUUUGAGGGAAAGUGGGCAAAAAAGAUUCUGAAGUCUGACUAGACGCCGCUUUUCCAGGAUCCGAUCUGAACGCGUCGCCCGUAGCAGCGCUGCUCAUCUUGCUAUUGGUUGAUCAGAAUAUUUUCGAUUAUUUUAUCAUGUUCUAGGUUUUCUAACAAUGACAUCGACAGGGCAUCUCGCCACCAACCGCCGCGACACAAAGGAGUUCGACAGCGUUAAAGAGUCCAUCAGUGACAUCAUCAACCAGCUGCAGGACAUUGACCCUGCGCGUCUGUCCUUCUCCCCCUUCCUGGAUCUGGACACCCAGAUUUCCCUGGCCCCAGUGUCAGAUAGCCCCGAAUCCUCGGUGGAGGAGCUGCAGUCUCCCUCUCACUCUGUCCCUGGUUCCCAGCAUUCACUGGGGCCCUCCACAGCAGGAGAUGAUCUUGACCGAAGUAAUUCUUGCUAUAUUCAAUCGCAUGAAAGUGUCACAGAGGAAUCAAGAUAUUGUGUCAGUGAAAAAGAAGCCAAAGAGCAUAUAAUGGCAAAUGACACUCACACAAUAGAAGGCUCCAGUGAACACGGAGACACCUUCCCAGUGCAAGCUGUCCAGGGUGACGACUUCAUCAGCAGGGAAACGCAGAGCACGAGCCCAGUGGAAUGCAGCAAUAUCGAUUCAACUGUGGAUGAGGGAAGCCCACUGAUGCGGAGCCCACCAGAGUGUAUUGAGCUGGUCAUGUGGGACUCCCAGGGACAGCAGGAGUCUGGAGCCUUGCCAGCGGCUGCAGACAGGAGGCGCUGUCGCUGCUGCCGCCAGUGUUGCCUGACUGGUCGCGUUCCGGCUCUGUGCUCCACGUUAGCUGCUCUCCUGCUCCUUCCUUGGAUCCUAUAUGCUCUCUACUUCUACCUUCCUCUGGAAACCCCCGACUGCCCAGACCUGGUCAGCCGCCUCAUCUUCACACUGCGCUGCUGCGCUGUGGCAGUGUUGCCCAUCCUGCUUGCGAUGCUAACAGGUGCUGUGUCCCGGUUCUGCUCGGCGUCUUUGGACCCACUGGGAGAGUGUCCUAGAAGAUCCUUAUUUUUGCAGCUAUUUGUUACCUCAUCUGUUGAGCAGCUCUUCCUCUAUUCCCUCAAUCUUGCUGUCAUGGCAACCUUCCUGCAUCAAGACCAUAUGAAGGCAGUGCCUAUAUUAUCUGGAGUUUUUGUUGGAGGGAGGUCGGUCUACUGGCUUUCGCUCCAUUUUUGUAGCGCCUGGAGAGGUUUCGGUUCGGGACUCACGCUCUUCCCACUUCUGGCCAUGGUGGUCUUCAAUCUGUACUGUCUGUUUGACCUUGGCCUCAGACAGUUGUUCCAUGGAUCUGAAGACAGUCUGUAUAUCCAAACUACCCCUUCUGCCUGGCCACUUCAGAUACCAGGGCAACUAAAUUACUUUUAGUCAAUAGGAUAUGUGGACACGCAAAGAAGCAGGAUACUGUUGAGCUUUGUCCCUUGGAAACUCUGCCUAUUCCAGAAAUAUUUCAUUCCUGUGGUCUACUGGUCUAGAGCUUUGUACAGCUGCAUAAAAUACCAUUACCGCUAACCUCCAAGCCAAUAAAACUUAAGUGGCAUUUUGCAUACAAAGACUUUUUUUGUAGAGGAAUAUUCUGGAUCGGAAUAUGUUUUCCCCCUCAUUUUGAAGAAAACAACAGUAAAAUGCAUGAAUAA